AUGGGUUCAAAAAGAACAAAAAGAACAAAAAUUAUGGUUUUAGAAGACUUGGAACAUAAUCAAAUAAAAUCAAUUUCUAGAGAAGUUGUUGGAUUUAAAGAGAGCCAUUUUUAUGGCGAUAGAUUACCAAGAAAAAAUGUCAUUUUGAAUUCAAGUCGGACAAGAAAUGGAGCAGCACUUAAAUUUAAAAGAAAGAAUUGUUAA